GCGUAAUUUCGGCCACGUCGCCGGUGUGACGGUACUGACGUCAUCAGGGAGCGCCGUGUUGUCAAUGGAAGAAUGAGGGAAAUUAGUGGUGGAAGAACUGAAUUAUCGGAGUGGCUGACGGUUUUCUUUCGCUGUUGCAGCUCCACACAGAAUGAGUGAUGAUGAAGAAACCAAAACUGGCCGGAGUCUUCCUCUUCGUGGGCUGCCUGCUGGCUUACCUCAUGUUUGUGAAGCAUCAUUUCUCCACCUCCAAGGCCACCACCUACAGAUUGCCUCCGCACCUCCGGCCCGGCUCAGACAGAACCAGAGACGACGAGCUCGCCUCUGCUGACGGGCUCCACUUCCAGUAUGGCAUCAUGUUCGAUGCCGGGAGCACUGGGACCAGAAUCCACAUCUUCAAGUUCCAGAUGGAGAACAAAGAAGCUCCCAAACUGACCCACGAGACGUUCAGGGCCAUCAAACCCGGACUGUCUGCGUACGCUGAUGACCCACAGAAGUGUGCUGCAGGCAUAGAGGAGCUCCUGGAAGUGGCCAAGUCCAGCGUCCCCACUAUCAUGUGGACCAGCACCCCUGUGGUUCUGAGGGCCACGGCCGGCCUGCGGAUGCUGCCCGGAGAGAAGGCCGACCACCUGCUGGAGGGGGUGAGGGCGCUGUUCCGGGAGUCUCCCUUCCUGUUCAAAGGCGACAGCGUGUCCAUCAUGGAUGGCACCGAUGAAGGAAUUUCUGCCUGGAUCACCAUCAACUUCCUCACAGGUGGUCUUCACGGUGCUGGCUUGCCCACCGUGGGGAUGCUGGAUCUGGGCGGCGGGUCGACCCAGAUCACCUUCAGCCCUAACGAUGAGAAAACCAUCCAGACGUCCCCCAUUGACUACAUCAGGUCUUUCCAGAUGUUCAACAACACACACACCGUUUACACUCACAGUUAUCUGGGUCUCGGUUUGAUGUCGGCCCGACUCGCCAUCCUAGGCGGCGUCGUCGCUCCACCCCUAGGGGGCAGCACUGAGCUGGUCAGUCCCUGCCUCCCUCCGGAGUACUCGGGCAGCUGGGAACACUCUGACGUCAUCUACACUGUUAAAGGACAGAAGUCAGGGGAGCCGGCUUACAAGGCGUGCCUCACCAAAGUGGAGAAGGUUCUGUACAGGAAGGUGGUAAAAGCAUCGGAGGCAGCAGACAUGGACUUCUACGCCUUCUCCUUUUACUACGACCGCGCCGCCGACCUCGGAUUCAUCGACGAACAGAAAGGGGGAACCAUCCGAGUGUCCGACUACGUCGAUGCAGCUAAAACAGUCUGUGGCAGCCUGUCCGCCAGUCCUCUGAAGAGCCCCUUCCUCUGUCUGGACCUGGUCUACAUCUCAGUUCUGCUGCAUGAGCUCGGCUUCCCUCCACACAAACAGCUCAAGCUGGCGAGGACCAUCAACCAGGUGGAGACCAGCUGGGCUCUGGGGGCCACGUUCCAUUAUAUCGAGUCCCUGAAGAGACCUUGAGUUCAGACCUGAUCCUGAACUAGUCCGCUGGCCUCGGGUCUUCAGGUGGAUCUGAGCAACGUGACCUCAUGCCUUUACACACACAUCAUGGUCCGAUGGUUUAUUUAUCUUCAGUAAUAAUAUAAUGUUGGGUUUUUUUUGUAUUUCUGAAUCUUCCGGGGUUUGUUCAGUUCGGGGUUUGUUUCUGGUCUCUGAAAGCACUAAAACACUAAACCCUUCGAUGGGUCUGUUUGACUUUACCAGGAUCCAGCCUGUCCCAGUCUAACCAGUAAGCUCUGACCUCGCGCUGGUACUUCCUGUUUGUAUCGACAGCGACUGAUUGUUUUCGUCUCUGAAGGACUUCUGUUGUCUCGGGUGGAGCGGUUUUCUCUCUGUGGGAUCCAGAAACUCUGUUCACUGAUUCUUUAAUCUCCAGAUAUUUUCUGCAAACUUUUCAGACUCUUGUCCUGAAAAUCAGCUGCUGCGAACUUUUCUGAUGCAAACUGGAUCCUGUUUAUGAAGUGGUUCUCCUUUACCUGCUGGUUUAGUUUUCAGGUCCCUGAAGGAUGAAGCGAGCUUUUCUGGUUAGGGACAGAUAUCCGCAGCUCGUUUUUAGGAAAAUACAAGUAAUAUUUUGUAGAAAUCAGCUGGAAAAUAAAUUGUCACUAAACUGAGCGACAUUGUAUGAAUAUGUCUGUGUGCAGACAAAUAAAGUAUUUUUAGAGCA